AUGGCAGGUUGUCCAAAGGGUGGUGAAGUCGAUGCUCACGAUGAAGUUAAAGGAUUUGGCAAAAAAGCCCACAUUUCAAUACUUCCUUUCAAGCCCUCGAGGCCUUUAUUCAAAAAAUCCCCCGAGACCCCCUCACCAGCUCUUGGCACAUCCUCCUACAACCCAGUUGGGAUUCAAGGAACCCGCAAUUACACAACGUUGAAGGAAAUCAAUUCAACAGCAAACACAAUGGCAGCAGGCGGCGCAAAACUCCAGACGCCCAGCUCCGAGGCCGGGGGAAGCAUCCGAGACGACCCCAAGGCUUCUUCGGCGGCAAUAGCGGCCGCACCCAGCUGGAACAAUAAGAAGUUCAGAGAAGAGUACGAGUCUUUCAAGGCGAAACUUCUGGACCAGAGAUUCGACCCAAAACAUUUCCCAGACCCGUUGCUUCCAAGAAGCGGCUCUGAUCCCCGAAAUAACCCAAAGACGACGCCGGAGGCUGAGCGACGGAUCGACAAGAUCAUCGCCGAGUACAAGGCUAGAAGUUGA